ACUAAUCAAAGCGAGCUCGCAUCUAUUGAAAAUGUCACAUCAACGGCUAGGCGUCUUUGCCUUCGCUCUGAUAUUCUUUUGUGGGCCGAGCCAACAAGUCGUUAACGAAGUGAAUUUCGAGAACCAUGGCUACAGUAAUGUCUUGGUGGCCAUUGGAAACGACGUGCAGGAGAAUGAUGAUAUCAUAACGAGAAUAAGGGAUGUCUUCACGAAAGGCUCUCAGCGGCUGUUCACGGCAACACGGCAGCGGGCCUACUUCAAAGAGGUCUCAAUCUUGUUGCCCAUCACCUGGACUCAGCCCAACAACCUAACUCUCGGCCAGCUCAAAUCUGGGCAGUCCUUCGCUUCGGCCAAUUUAAGAGUGGACAAGCCGAAUCCAGUAUGGGGCGAUAAUCCGUACACCAGGCAACCAGGAGGGUGCGGGGAGCCAGGGGAAUUCAUUCAUUUGACACCGGAGUAUCUCUUAAAUAUCAAUGAGACGCAAUACAGAUGGGGGCCACCUGACAAGUCACUAGUCCACGAAUGGGCUCAUCUUCGAUGGGGUCUGUUUGACGAAUAUCCCAUUGAGAAGGAAGGUGACGGUCAUUUUUAUCAGACUGGUAAAACGCUCAAUCCGGUCAGAUGCACCGAGGACGUCCGCGGCCAGCCGCUCAACAGCAAGACCUUCGCGAGAUGCAAAGUCGACCGUCAGACACUUCAGGUGGAAAAAGAUUGCAAAUUUUAUCCCGACCUUAGCUCAAAGAACAAUGUGAAAGCCUCGCAUAUGUACAUGCAGUUCAUCGACGCGGUUCAUGAUUUCUGCGACGACGGAACCUUGGGCGACCCAACGAUCAUCCACAAUCGCCUAGCUCCCAACAAGCAAAACAGAAUGUGCGAAGGCCGGAGUGCUUGGGAGGUCAUGAGGCAACAUGAGGAUUUUAAAAACGGAAGCAACCCGGGUUUGAAUGCAACCGAGCCCCCUGCCACAGCCUUCUUCAUGCUUCAGAAGACUUCACAAAUGGUCGUGUUGCUCUUGGAUACAUCAAAUAGCAUGUUGCAACCAGAUGAGAUACCCAUCACUAUGAUGAUCCAGGCAGCAAGGUACUACAUCCUCGACCUUCUAGCCGAUGGUACUCAACUUAGCAUCAUCACAUUCGAUAGUGAUGUUGCAGUCAGGAUGCCCUUAACCAAGAUAACGGGGAUGGACAGCCGGCGGGAGAUGGUGAAAUAUCUCCCGAAGAAAAACGAGACUGGUGCAGCAACUGCGUUAGGCCCCGGGCUUCUACAGGCCGUAGGGGUACUUACGAACGCUGGCGCAGACGACCAAAGAGCGAAGGGAGCGAAAAUAGUCGUCAUCAGUGACGGACAGCAGACUACGCAACCUUCUGCCGAACAGGUCAUGAGCAAUGACGUUCUACCGCUGGAUAUCGUGGUGGACACGAUCGCCUACAGCAGUGAGGCUGAUCUAUACCUCAUGGAAAUGGCCGACGAAUCCGGUGGAAAAUCGUUCUUUAUAUCAUCGGAGUUGCAAUCCAUUGGGCUGUUUGAUGCUCUUAACACUAUCGGCACUGACGAUGAGGCGAAUCCGAAAACGGCGUCCGUAACCAUUGAAAGUUCAGCAAUAAAUGUCAAACCCUCGACCGAGUCCCAAGGAAGUUUCUUCAUCGAUGCCACUAUUGGUGACAGCACGAAGAUGAUAUUCUCCUACUUAACUGACGCCGAGGUUGAGGUGAACAUCACCAAACCGAGCGGAGGCUUCAUAGACAGGAAUUAUCCUGGCUACACGAACGAUAGAGUGCUGAAGCAGAUUGAAAUAGAUGUCAACUCUACAGCUGAGAUCGGUGAAUGGAAGUACACAAUCUCGGCCACGAUGGAAACGGUAGUGAUGGCGCACGUUCUCUCGAAGGCCAAAGGUGGCACAGCCGACCCUAUCACAGUCACUUCCUCCUUCGCUAAUGGCGCGAGAACCCUCGGCACACUGGCGACGGCUCAACUAACCGUCUAUGCACAGGUGACCCGUGGCUACGCACCUGUUAUUGGUGUGAAUGUGAACGCCAUCAUAGAGGGAGACAACACCAGGAUACUUGUACCACUACAGGAUAAGGGAAUAGGUUCAGAUGUGACGAGAGACGAUGGUAUUUACUCCGGGACCUUCACCCGACACCUGAUCAACUCUGAAGGGAGAUAUAAUGUCAAGAUUAACGUGGAUAAUCCGGAUAAUGCGGGCAAGAUAGCUACAUCUGGUGGAGGAUCUGGUGCACUGACCAUACCAAGGAAUAUUACAGAAAAUGUCCCAACAGAAAACGUAACCUACGAAAAUGUUGGCCUGAUGCGCCGCAUUGCCACCGCAGGAGAGAUGCUUGUUCAUCCGCCAGCUGAGGUAGGAGAGGUCAAGGACGUCCUGCCUCCUCCAAGGAUCACGGACCUCAAGGUUUUCAUGGUUUUGCUAAACGAAUCCAUUGUGACCUUGACCUGGACUGCAGGAGGAGAUGACGUCAGCAAAGGGAACGAUACGACAUACGAUUUAAGGGUCGGCACACUUGAAGCCGUUGAAAAGAAGUUCGAUAACUGUCUGGCGAUUGUUCUCACCGACCCACCAAAACUUGCUGGAGUGACCGAGACCCGCCGCAUUAAUAUGAGCCUAUUCGAGCAGGUGAACGCCACGAACCAGACAUAUUACCUGGCGAUCAGGGCCAUUGAUGAGGCGGGGAAUACAGGGAAAAUCUCAAACAUCAUCAGUGUGAGCACUGAGAUCCCAGAGAGCUUCGCUGGUGGAGAAGUUGUUGCAUUUGUUGAGGACACGCUCACUGAUAUUACAACGGACGUUACGGGUAGUAUCACAUCAAGAAUUGCCGUUACAACUAGCAAUAGUGUUACAACGGGUGUAGCUACGGACAGUAGUGUUACAACUGACAAUGUUGUCACAACUGUUAAAGAAGUGGACACCGCUACUACGGACAAAUCUACUGCUUUGGAAGAUACGACCGCCGUCACGUCACCUCUGGAUGUCACAACUGUCACAAGUGUCACAAGUGUAUUAACAACCAUUGCAAGUGUUACCGGCGGAGUCAGUGUCACUACGGCCCCUCAAACAAGCAUAGUCCCAACCAACCAAGGCGAAAGCACUAGUGCCAGUGUUUCAUCUGCAGAGGACAUCACAACAACACCAAGUUAUAUUCCACCACCUGGUACAACUACAGCUGAAAAAGAUGAUACUACAACAAACAUGAGCGGAACUUCGGGCAGCAGUUCGAGUGGUAAACCAGUAAAUGUUAUCAUGAUAUCAGUUGUAUGCGUCAUCGUGGUGGUAUUUUUCGUGGCCACUGUAAUAGGCUUGUGCCUGAUCAAGGCCAAUUCAAAGAAGAAAAAGUCUAAGUCUAAGGACGACCGAGAACCUGUGUUUGGCUACAAAUACUACAACAAAGGCUAUGACCAUGAUUUCUGAUGAUUAUGUAAUAAUGUUACUUUCGCAGGAACUACCAGUUACAUUCUAAAAGAGCAGAGUUUUCAAUAAAUAACCAUUCCCAAGACAUUUUUGAUUUUGAAAAAAAACUGUGUUACCGGGUAACUUGGUAAAAUAGGAUGGAUUUUCUUUUGAAAUAUGGUUACACGAUUUGAUGCAUAAUUACAUGACAAACUACAUGACAUUGUACAGAGGUAUUUCUGGGUCUGAUUUGACAAAAUUGUAUUACCAGUAUGCCGAUUUGAUAUCAAUUUCACGUCAAUAUAUAUCAUUUUAACUAGGCAGUACAGUUAUCUAUAACUAUUCCUGUCGUCAAUUACGAUAUAAAGUCGGCUCAAUAAGUAUCCUAUGAAACCUAAAACGUGUGAUGAAAGCACGUAUUCUUCAGUGUUAAAGAGCAUCGUUUCCUAAUUAAAAUCGUUUAUUAGACUGGUAAAAACA